AUGGAAUAUUCUGAAAAGGACUAGAUAUGGAAUGUGAUAUAAAAGAUAAAAGUAUUAAGAUAAGGAUAUAGAUUGUGUUUUAUUAAUGAUAAUUAAUUCACAUUCUAACCUUGGAAUUAUGAAUAAAUGCAUAUAUAUGAUUUAAAUAGUAGUAAUAAAGAAUUUGUAAAAACCAAUGAAAUUAUUGUAAAGUCUGGCUCAACUAAUUGUGAUUAUUUAUUUCCAUAAUAAUACUUAAAAUCCAAAUGCCUAUUGAUAAGAAUGGUUAGAAUAUCAAUUUAAUAAGGAAGAAAGAGAACGGAUAGUUUGUAACAGAGUAAAUUAUUCAAUUUGGUCAUCAUUUAAUUUAUGGUUAAUUAAGUGAAGAUGGUGAAUAUCUGA